CCAAAGAAAUAUUUAAAAAUAUGGAUACUUUGAUUGUAAUGAGUCUUUUAUUUAUUUUUCUCUUGCAUCUUUAAUUGCUAUACUACUAGCGCCUCUAGUAUUAGAAUCUGAUCACUUCAGAUUUCUCUUCUCAUUGUUGUACACAAUUUAAGGUUAUAGUAUAGUUGAAAAAAACAUAACGUGUGGUUUUGGAAAAAGUAAUAAAUGUAAUUUUAGUAUUAAUUAAUCAUUUAUUUAAUUGCAUUUCGAAAAUGGCUGAAGACACAGAAGUCUUACCAGAUAAUACAAAACAUAUUGAAGAAGUUGUAGAAGAAGCAUCAUACAUCGAAGAGGAAAAAGUUGAAAAAAUUCAAAAUGCCGAAUCGUCAAUGCUUGAAGACGAAACAAUGCCUACCUAUCUAAGUAUAACAAGUAUUACAGCUUCACCGAAACCAAAUGAUUCAAAAGCUCUUCCUGAAAAUUCUAGUCCUCGGAGUGUAACUCAGGACGAAAAAAGUGUCUAUGAUGUUUCCUCAGAAGACGAAAGUGAUAGACCAGCAUAUGAUGGAGAACAUGAUGAUGGUGGCUAUGGAGAUAGUGAUGAUUUUGAGCAAGAAGAAGAAAGUGACGAUGAAGAAAAUGAUGAUGAAGAUGAAGAAACAGAAAUAGAUGAAGAAAAUGAUGAUGAUGAUAUUGAACCAGAACAAUUUGAAAGAUCAUCUGAUGACUAUGUUCUAAAAAGUUCAGCAGCAGGGUUAAAUAAACAUUGCAAAGAACGUAGUAGAUCACUUCAAGAUCUUUCAAGUACCGGAAAAAGAUCAGGAAAGAUGAAUUGUAAAAAGCAAAUGAUUUUAGUCGGUUCCGAGUAUGAAACAGGAGUUAUGAAAGAAAACCCUCUUUAUAAACCGGUUUUUUAUUCUAAACAAAUUUUACUUCCAUCAAUAAAAUAUAACAACAUUCCAAUGAAAGUCAAACGAUAUAUCGAGGAUCUUAAAGAUUUUACUCACAAUUCUGAUGAACAAAAAAGUCAUGAGAAACCAACCACUGUUCAUGAAAUCUCAAUGGGAAAUUAUAACAUGAAAGAAAUGAACCAAGACGACAAUAAUUUAAUUAUGAAUUUACAAACACGGUGCUUACAAGAUCGUAACGAUCGUAGAACCCCUACUAUAAAAUCUAGAGAAUCACCUAGUCUUACAGAAGUAAAUAUAAAUAAUCAUGUGAUAGAAAAUGGUGUGGAAAUGCAUGUAUUUGAUGUGAAGGAUAGUUAUAAUAGAUCAAAUGAAUUACAAAUGGAAGUAGAUUUAGAAGAGGAUCAUGUUAAAGAUGUAAAUUAUAAUGAACAAAUUGAAAAAUUAAAUGGAAAAGUAAAACAUGAUAAAGAAAAUAUAAGAAAAAUGACAAUGAACUAUAAAGAAACUGAAAAAAAAGAACCAGAAGAUUUGAUAAAGAGUGAAAAACAAGGAACAAAAAUGCCAAAUCUUCAAACAAUAUCUAAUAGAAAUUUUACAAAUAAAAAUACUCGAGAAAAUCAUAGAAUGGAAGAACCGAAAGUAAAUAAAGAUCAAAUUGAAUACAUUGUUGACAAUGAAACAAUGAUAAAGCCAAUGAAUAUCACCUCUAUAAUUGAAGCACAUAAUGCUAAAAAAAUAAUGAUUGAUGAAACAAUGAUGGCAGAGUUAAGAAAAAAAGAAAUUGAAUGUGAAGAAAAAUCUUCAGAGAUAAUGAUUCUUCAAUCUCAGUUAAAUAACAAAGAGCAAGAAUUUGAAAAAAUAGGCAAAGAAUAUCGGAAAGUCGUGGAUAUGAUUUCGGAAUUAAAAAAAGAACGAGAAAAUUUGAAACAGAUGUUAGAAAAAUUAGAGAACGAGAAAAAAUCUAGAACAGUUCAAGAGGUAGCGGUACAGACUGAAGAUCAACCAAAAACUAUGAUUCAUACAAGUACAAAAACUCAAUUGCAACCUUCGAGUGCGAAAAUAUCUAUGAGCUCAAUUGGAUCGACUUUAAGCUCAAUUGAACAAUGGACUGCAAGUGAUUAUAGCCCAGUUGUAUCAAUGAAUCCACCAACUAUUGGAAAUAUUAUCAAUUCUGAUACUAGCACUGCUGUAAAUACACCAAAAAAUAAAACUACAGCAAAUUCUCCUCGAACAGUGCUUACCACUACACGGAUUAUACAAGCUCUUGCUUCCCUCACACCUGGAAAAACUGAUGAAAACGUUGGAGGACAAUUGCCUAACGUUCAAGGUCAGUCAGAAGAGACAAAUACUCCUUUAAUGCAAAAGGAAUCGAAUUCUCGCAAAAGAAAAGCCUCAGAAACAUUUGAAUCAUCUGCUUGUGGAUCUAAACCAUUUAAAAUCCCUUUCAUAUCUAUCAACAAUCGAAGAAAAUUCAAUUCCAAUUCUGACACAGAUGCUGCUGGUGAACCAUCUGGAUCAUCUCGAUGCGGAUUAACAGAAAAUGAUGGAGUCAAUAGAAUUCAGAAGAAAAAACAAGAAAAUGAUAAUAACGAAGAUGAUGAUGUCAAAUGUAUUGUUUGGCAUGAAAAUGGGCAAUCUAAACAACGAAGUUGCUUAAUACAAGCUUCAAUAGCAGAAGAUUCUCCAAAAACCAAAGGACAAGUUCGACAUUGCGGACCUUAUCUUCUUGGUAAUGUUGAAGUUAGAAUAUCUGAGGCUAAUGGAACACUAAACAUUUGGGGAAAAGAGAUUAACUCUGUAGAAGAUCAAUCCGACAAUUCCGAUGAGUGUUUAUCAGAUAAAAUAAACAUUGAAAGUCUAUGGUCAAAAGCAUCCAGUGAAAAGAUGGAUUAUAUUCCAUGUUCAAAAAACAAAAAAGCUAAGACUGCCUCAUCCGUAAAAGCUAGUAUUUGUCGACAUUUAAGGUCCAUCAUAAAUCGAACUCCAUCUCCGGUAAAUCAUUGCUCAGAAGAGGAAAUAAGUGGGACACCAAACCAUCACCAUUGUGGCAAUUCCACUUGUGGAUUUAAAGAAAUAAAUAAAUCAAAAAAUCUUCAGAAAUCGUUCGCUUCAUCUUGCGAGUCUCAUUUCAAUAAUUUAAAUUCGCCAGAUAAACAAUUUUGCUGUCUUCAUAAAGGUGAAGAGAGUGUUGGAGAAUGUGGAUUUAAAAAGGAUGAAGGAAUGACCGAUAAUAUCCACUAUCUGUAUGAUAUGACUCGUACAAUAAUUGGUCAAGAUUCAAAAUCCACAAUUAAUCCGAUAAACAACAAAACUUAUAAUUGUUAUAAAAGUCACAUGCCAUGUGAAGAAAAUUCCGAAAAUUAUUGUAGGCGCUCAUCGUUAAUACAUCAGUGUAAUUUAAACAGUGAAACUGAAGACUCUUAUCCUCGAAAUUAUAAAAGAUCGUGUUAUCAUUCUCCAGAAAUAAUUAAUCGUAACCCACAAGUAAGGAAUGAUGACAGUGAUUUGCAUAUGUGUGGAGCAAGUUGCCCUGACGAAGAAGUCUUUCUACCUCCGAGGUUCCCAGAAGUUUUGGAGGAAAAAAAGAAUCGAUAUCGAAGCAAACGUGUCCGAACUCUAAUGGAAUUCUUUAAAGGCUGUAGUGACUGCAAAAAUCCUCAUACUACUAGUUUUGAUAGUAGUCAUAUCCCCGAAACUAUAUCUACAAAUACUAGAUCCAUUCCAACUAUUCGAAUUGAUUCAGCACCUUCCAAUUUAUCAUGCCCAAAACAAUCAUCUAACAACAGUUCCGAUAAAAAGUGUUGCAGCUGCAAGAAACAUGUUGGUGUACCAACAGACAUUGAAGCUGAACUCGCAGAGUUCCGCGUUGCAAUUACGAACCUUAAUUCAAAGUCAGAUGCUCUACGAGAAAUGCUUAGUCGUGUAUUGAAUACUGAUUAAGUAUAUAUACAUAUACAUAGAUAUAAAUCAAUAUAAAUAAAUAGAAAUGAAAAGUCACCUAAUUUAAA